AUGUCUUCUAUAAACCAACCAACGAUAACUCCACCCCAACCACCCGCUCCACCCAAACGCACAAAGCAUGGAUUAACAUAUCAGAACGCGUGUGUUAAUGUUGCACUUAAUGAAAGACAAUAUCUGUUUUUGUUUGAUGUUGCGGUGAGAGCGUAUGGUACUGUCGCCGUACUCAAACUCUUACAGCCAUGGUUCGUUCGCCCUGAUAUACCAAAGAAUCUUCUAUUACAUAUAAAAUCAUUCUUUACGUCAUUCCAUGCUCUUUUGACGAUUAUCACAUACAUUAUAUCUUCGUUUGUCAUAACGAAAUGUUUUCAUCAAAUUAUUGGGAAAAAACACACAAGAAGCUGGAUUAUACUUCCUGGCGAUGAAAAUUUCUGGUGUCCAUCAUACAGAAAAGACAAAUGUCUGAAUGAUCCGUCAGUGCUGAACGAAUAUCGUGCAAUUGCUGGGUUUUACAGUAUAAUAUUUGGAUUCAUUUUCGCAUUAAAAUAUACAAUUAAUUAUGAAAACGAAAUCCACUUUUAUAAAAUAAGAACAUACUCCUCAACUAUCCACUUCCUCUAUUCAAACUACCAAUCUCUUCUCUCUCCCAGCACGUGGCGUCGCUAUGGCAGUCCACUUAUUGCCAGACCGCUGCUAUAUCUUGAAUCGAAACAUCCCAUUGAUUACAAGAGAUAUACGUUUUUAUUUUUAUUCACUCUUGCAUAUUGGACAUGGCAUCUGAUAUUCUGGAAAACAUGGUAUCAUGGAAUAAUUAGAUGGACACCAUGGAGUAAGGUCGAAUACGAAUGGAUGAAGGCACCAUUGUUUGACAUCGAGACGUUCAAUCGCACACUGUUCAGCGCAUUUGCAUGUUUAGCUCUGUGGGACACUUUAGACAAGUUAUUCUCAUUCUAUUUCACCAACGUAAUAUUUGCAAGUGCGCCUUACAUGGAUCCCAAUUCGGUAUUAGUUGAUGGACUGCGAGCAACAGAGAAACCAUAUACUCAGCAUUUGGCAUUCCUAGAGCUCCAUUAUAUAGCGCGUAUAGCAACACCGCAGACAAUAGCUCGUCGCACUUCAAUAUUUAAAGAUCGCGACUCGUGGGAUACAGUAUCACGGUCCUGCAUGUCUUUUCUGUUCUCGUUCGCUCUUUGUAGUCAAGCCCAUCUCAUACUUCAAAAGCCAGAUGAAAAGAAGAAACCAGACAGACAUGAAGAAUUGAUGAAAAUGAUACUACCUCCUCAUUAUGCAUCAGAGAGGAAGAAAUUCGGAAGGGGGAAGAGAUUGUUUUAUGACCUAGUUUUUUUACUUUUGAAUGAAAGCGUUGACAGGAAGACAAGAAGAUUGUGCAGAGAUAAGGAACUGGUUGUGUUUGGCGUUGAAGCUUUAGCAUCACUUACAGCUGCUUCCCUCACGCUAGACCAGUAUGGAGUGGUCCAGUCCGAUAUACCAAAAGUAUUUGAAUGUCUCAUAGACGUGUUGAUUAGUCUGGAGAAGUACUCAAAUAAACCGCCAGUAGGGUUAUGGGAUGGUCGUAGCCCUUCCGAAGUACAGUUGAGAGCAUUGAACGAUAUCGUUGGGUUAACUCUUGUUGUGAAAGAUGCGAUAAAUGAAUUGACUAUGGCGUUACAUGAAUAUUUGGACACGGUCCGAUUACCUCCGCCGCAUCAUAAUAGAUUGGAGAAACUGUUAAAUGAACAUAUGUGA